AUGCCCAUAAGUAUGCUUUACUGGACCUCCAACAGUUGGAAUAAAUCCAGUUUGAAUAAAGUCUUAUUUUCUACAGAGGUUGUUAAAUUAAUUCCCGACUGGCAAGAUAGACAAGAAAUAGUGAAAGGCGAUGUCCUUAUUUUAAAAGCAAUCGCACACUAUGGUAAAAUUCAGUGGUACUGGAAUGGUCAACCUAUAGACCGACAUUUUCAAAAUGGUAGCAGUACAAAUGUUCGUAAUAUCACUCGGAAAGUUACAAAAAUUGGAACUGAAAUUGUUAGAGACGAACAGACGCUGAGAGUGGAAGGUAUGACGUUGUAUAAUAGAGGCAUCUAUCAAGUCUUAGCAACUGGAUUUCAUAGACAAGAUUCGGAACAUACUGAAAUCACCUCGUAUGGUAAGCAAUGGUCCAUUCCGCAUGGGGGAUCUUAAUUAGUGUCACAGUGGUUAGGGCAUGUCUCCUUCAUCUCCGUCACUGCGGUUCGACUCCCGCAAAAUACGGUUGUCUGAUUAUAUAAUUUCAUCUCAAUCGUAUGUUAGAAGAGUUCUUCCAGUUUGAUUUACGCAUACAUUUCCUCCUGUAGUAACACUGGACCAAUAAGGGAUAGCUCUUGCUGCACCUCUAGGGAGAACAGUUUAGAACUGAUAGAGCUAUCCAGUAUAAAUAAAGUUAGUACAGUUUAGGUUUCCUCGUGUAGAAACACUGGAUCAAUAAGAGAUGAUCCUUACUGGACCUCUAGGGAGAACAGUUUAGAACUGAUAGAACUAUCCAAUAUAAAUAAAGUUAGUUUAGUUUAGGUUUCCUCGUGUAAUAACACUGGAUCAAUAAGAGAUGAUCAUUACUGCACCUCGAAGAAGAAGAGUUUAGAACUGAUAGAGUUAUCCAGUAUAAAUAAAGUUAGUAUAGUUUAGGUUUCCUCGUGUAGAAACACUGGAUCAAUAAGAGAUGAUCCUUACUGGAUCUCUAGGGAGAACAGUUUAGAACUGAUAGAGUUAUCCAGUGUAAAUAAACUUAGUUUAGUUUAGGUUUCCUCCUGCAGUAUCACUGGAAAUUUAGGUUUCCUUCUGUAGUAACACUGGAUCAAUAGAGAUGACCCGUAUUGAACCUCUGGAGAAAACAGUUUAGAACUGUUAAAGUUAUCCAGUAUAAAUAAAGUUAAUUUAGUUUAGGUUUUUCCUGUAGUAACACCGGAUCAAUGUUAAUAGUCGGUCCUUGCUGUUCCUCUAGGAAGAAAAGUUUAGAAGUGAUAAAGCUAUCCAGAAAAGUUAAUUUGAUAUAUGUUAUUGUUUACCUAGGUUGUGGAGGUAUACACAAAUCUCAAUCUGGCUCACUUAGCACACCGAACUUCCCAGAAUCGUAUCCAAAAAACAUUGAAUGUCUUUGGAUCAUAAAGCCUUACCCCACGCCAAAUCCUGACACGCUUUACCUCCAAAUUGACCAUCUUGAUAUCGGUGCUUGCAAAGACAAUCUUCAAAUUUUUGACGGUGAAACAGGAAUGUUAACAUUUUCAAAUGGGGCGCAGCUUCGGUCUCAUUUGUCCGCAUUCAGAUUGCUUUUCAAGUCUUUUUCUUGUUCUGGUGGAAAUACUGGGUUCAAUGCAUCGUACUGGAUAUCAGGUAUCAACAAAACUGGUUUGAUUGUAAUAUAAAGGUCCAGUGAGAGUCAUCCCUUUUUAAUCCGUGUUGCUACAGGAAGAAACCUAAACUAAACUAACUUUAUUUAUACUGAAUAGCUCUAUCAGUUCUAAACUGUUCUUCCUAGAGGUCCAGUAAGGAUCAUCUCUUAUUGAUCCAGUGUUGCUACAGGAAGAAACCUAAACUAAACUAACUUUAUUUAUACUGAAUAACUCUAUCAGUUCUAAACUGUUCUUCCUAGAAGUACUACAGGAGGAAGACAAAACUUAUCCCUUACAUAUGCUUCUAUUUUUAGGGCCCACCACCUUCCCAACCACUCAAGUAGCUGAGCCAACUUCUUUGCCGACAGAACGUGAAACAAAUGGACGCACAACUCAAUUUACAACUAAAAUUAGUACAGGUAUUGAAGUCUAAAUGACAAGAUAGUUCUAGGAUAUUUAAGUCUUAUCAACGGUAUUGUUGGAGGAGUUUCAAGCCAUGUUUUAUUGCAUUAAAUAGUUGAAAGAAGUCAAAGAACUACCAUCCCGGAAAGAAGUCAAAGACCUACAAGCCCGGAAAGAAGUACUGAAAAAGAAGGCUCGGUCGAAGAAAGUAGAUUAAUGAGUGAUUCGGGUAAGCCUAUAUCGUUUGAAAUUCAUGUCCAAAAAUCCCAUCAACAUUAUAAUCCUGGACAGAUAUAUCAUCUAUACAAAUUAUAACACUAGAUAUCUGAAUCUAUUCUUUUAGUAAUCCGAUCUUCUAGCAAUCUAUUCUUUUUCCUUUUCAGCUAUCAUGUACGGAGUGAUUGUCUUAAUUUGUUUAACUAUUCUCGUGAUUGCCUUGCUUCUUAUAAUAAAAAGGUAAGUUGGAGUAAGAAAACCACAUCAUGUGUCUCGACAGUUGAAGUGAAGCAAUGCACAUCCCGCACUGAACCUUAUUCCUAGCUGUAGUGUUACUACGGGAGGAACCUAAACUAAACUCACUUUGUUUAUACUAGAUAGAUCUAUCAGUUCUAAACUGUUCUUCCUAGAGGUUCAGUAAGGAUCAUCUCUUAUUGAUCCAGUGUUACCACAGAAGGAAAUCUAAACUGAACUAACUUUAUUUAUACUGGAUAGCUCUAACUGUUCUCCCUAUAAGUCCAAUAAGAUGCUUAGAUUAAUGUCUUAUUGGUCUUGCAUAUUUUUAGGAAAGGAAAUUUCAUCCUGACUUGUAUUAAAGGAAAUAAUAACGACAACAGAAGGGAAGGUUAGUUAACAAAGCAUAUAUUUUACUAAAAUCAAUAUACCAUGGCUAUAAAGUAUGUCGGUUUUUAAUACACUUUGUAGCGACGGUUAACCCUGUAUUCAUCUAGUGGUACUUCAUGAGAAAACCUGAAGAAAACGUGUGGUGUUUGAUGGAGUUAAACUGGAAGCACUCCUCACAUACACGCGCAAAAAUCGCACAGCUUGUCAACAAGAUGUGUUCGCACUGCUUGUUCUCAGUUGACAAGUCUGGAACAAGUUGUCAUCAUCUUGUAACAAGGUUGGUUGGUCAGAGGAAAACAGACUCGCAACAAGUUGUUUGAACAAGUUUGAUAUCGUCUGCAUGUAACAAAUUGAUGACAACAAGCUCGUAGCAACUUGUUACGAACAGCCUGUAUUAGUCUUGUUGGACAACCUGUAGAAAGUCUGUUACCGUCAUCAACCUUGUAACAAGGUGAUAACAACUUGUUCCAGACUUGUCGGAACAAACAGUGCGAACACAUCUUCAUAUCGGCUUGACAACAACCUUGUUACAAUCAUGUUUCGCUCGCUACUCUAGUUUAAAAAAUGAUUACAAAGCCCAGUCGAAUUGUAAUCAAGACCCAACGUUUCGACACUCCAGUCUAGUGUUUUCAUCAGGGGUGAUCUAAAAUUGCAAUCGUGGCUUCUUAAAUACCCAAGGGAUGACGUCACCUGCCAAUGAGAUGCAUAUAUUCUUCUGGCAAAUAGGCACCGUCAUCCCUAUUCAAAGCAUGAUUACUCAUAUUUAUAUGCCACGCUUCUAGGCAAAGUCUUUGACCAUAGCGAUUGUUUGUGGUAAUUACUUUAGAGUUUUCCCACGCAAUCUCGUGUUUGGUGUAACAUACAUGUUUGGCUAAAGCUGAUUCUCCCUUGUCUAAAGCAAUUGAACAUAUUGAAAAAAAAUGAUCUUGAUCAAUCUCCUAGGUACAGAAAGACAAGGACAUGAGCUGAACCAGUACCCCUCCGCAUGCGAAAUAAUUCUCUAUGACACCCCUGGAGAAAAGGACGCCGGGCAAUCAACCAAUGAAACGGAAGAUGGUCCAAUAUACGAUGUCCUGGAAGGUCCUGGAGAAGAACAAGGCAGUGAAAAUCCUGACCAAUCAACGAACGUCUACGCGAGUGUGAACGAGGUGUGUAUGUCGGAGGAGCACCCCACCUCUCCCCUAGGGAAUUUCGAGGUAAGUUUCCUGGAAGAGAUCUACACCACGCUCACGGCAGAUCGCGAGAGUGAAGAUGUGAAUAUUUAUGAGUCGUUGCGCAGGGGGAAUGCUGGGAAUGAACAGUGUGAGGGGUGGUCGGUGGAUGGAAUGCAAAGCACUGAUCAGGAUUAUGUCUCUAUUAUAAAUUAAAAUGGCAGGUAAUGUAAAACUACAGUAAUCCUCAGCCCUUCAGAGAAUAAUUUCUCUGACACCCCUACUCCUUAGAAAAUGAAAAUAGGCAUCUUCCUUAUACUAGCUUUCUGAUGAAACCAGAAUUUAUCAUUUCACAUAUCAUAGUAAAGGAAUUGUGAAGGUUAUUCAGUAUAUAACAUUUUUAUACAAUAAGAUUUCAUUAAUCUAGAUUGUUAAUAGAUUGUCAAAAAUUUUACUUUAAAUCAACCAUGCCGUGGUUCAAAGGAUCUUAAAAUCUAAUUGCAAGUUGAUACAUUGUGAAUUCUUUAAAUUACAUUUUAUGUGAAUCAUACUUAAUCAAUGGUACAUAAUAGUGUAAGUUAGUAAUUAAACAGAAAUAAUUGCAUUAAUUAAUAAUAACUGAACAUAAUAUUGGCACCUUGUAAUACUAAAUACCACAAAAUUACUAAACGUACAAAUAUAAUGUACUGUAUAUAAUACCAAUAUCAAGAUGAUUUUGUACUAAAAUUCUGAAGCCACUACACAAAUUUAUUUCCCACGCUGAGACUUUGCUGCUUUCAACAAAGCAUCAGCAAGUUUUUCCAGCUUUUCUCUGUACUCCAGUUUAUUAUAAUUACAUGGGGGUACCCCUUUCAUACCAUAUAGUCCACCCCACCAUGCUGCAGCCAUCACCCCUGUACUGUCACUGUCGCCACCAUGAAACAUUGAACCUGAACACAACUCGUACCACGACUCUCCUGCCCUCAGGAGUGCAUCGUAUGCAAUCAAAGGUGCAUCGUGUCCGCUUGCCCCGCCCCAUCCGGCAUAACUGACCGAUUUGUAAUACGCAUCUCGCUCUGGGAUUCCAUAUUUUUUCGGAAACUUGGGUUGGCUCAUACCAUCAGUUAUCCCACGUAAUUUGAGAUAGGCUUUCCAUUUGCUGGUAAAAUAGUCCCAAGCGUUUUUAUUUUCUUCUACAUCUCGGUUAACCUUGGCGAUGUAUGCCCAAACCUUUGGUAAGGUAAUGAUCAACAUGGCACCCCACCUUUCCACAGGUUUCCUCUGGAUGCAAUAAGCCGUCAGUAAUGCUGUUGCAACUGAGCCGAGAUAUCCUAAUGAAU